AUGUUCUUUCUCAAAGAAGAGGCCAAGGUCAUCACCUUGCAUCCAUCUUAUUUUGGUCCUAACAUGCGCGAGUAUCUGAUCACUCGACUCAACGAGGAGGAGGAAGGUCGGUGUACGGGAGACCACUUUGUGAUCUGUGUGAUGGAUAUGGUCGAUAUUGGCGAAGGACGGGUCAUGCCGUCCAGCGGUCAUGCUGAAUACACAAUCAAGUAUCGCGCAAUUAUCUGGAAGCCAUUCCGUGGAGAAACUGUCGACGCAAUUGUCACCUCCGUUAAGCCCACCGGCAUUUUCACACUAGCUGGUCCUUUGUCUGUCUUCAUUGCGCGAAAAAAUAUUCCUUCCGAUAUUAAGUGGGAGCCAAACACCGUUCCACCACAAUACACCGACCACGCAGAUCAAGUAAUUGAAAAGGGUACCAGUUUGCGACUGAAGAUUCUCGGUGUGAAGCCAGAUGUGGCAGCGAUCAAUGCCAUUGGCACCAUCAAGGAGGAUUAUCUUGGACCCCUGUAA